AGAAAAAUGAUAAAAAAUUACGAGCGCUUUCCGUUUUCCGAGAUAACAACAGGAAGAGUUGUUAUGUUGAAAUUUUGAGUUGGAGAGUACUUAUUUGCCGAAAAGUACUGUGUAUGUGCCAUGGUGGAGCUUGUAAGUAAUUCUGCCUUGAGCAUGGCUGGGUGCAAGCGCAAAGUGAUGGCCUGGAUGGCCAACUUACCAUGGAAGAAGAGGAGAGUCAGUACUGAUUCAUACAACGAGGACCAGAUAUCGUAAAUUUCUGCAUUCAUCAAAGGAGUCUGAUUUAGAACACAAUGUGAUCAAGGCCCCUGACCCAGUCACACCAGAAUCAAUGUGCAAAUAUUCCAUUAGAUCCCAGAGGUUCAUGGAUGCAUAUCAGAAGGGUCCGAAUGGACAACAGGCAGCAUGGGCCGCAAAGCGCUACCACAGUCAUCGUGUACUCCCUGAUGCCAUCAUGCAUGAGUUUGAUAAUGAAACCAUUCAAGUUCAAUGGUAUCAAACAUAUACUUACAUCUGGCUAACAGUCCUUUACUCUAGACAGUUUAUAUUCACCCACUACAAUACAUUUUCUUUAGUGUAAUUAGUUGUUACUAUCACUC